AAUAUUCCCUACACUUAGGGUUUCACACAUUUCCUCAGCCGUCACUCCCCUCAGAAAUCAUUCUCUAACUUUCUCUUUCACUCACUCACUCUCUUUCUCUCUCCUCUUUAGAACUCACUGUCUUUCUCUUUCUUCAAGAUUCAUUCUCUUUUACUCUCUUUACCACCUCUCCUUACCUCUAUAUUCUCUUUCCUCUUGAUUAUGCGUUUUUUUUUUAAUUUAUGUUUUGUUUUUGCUACUAGAUCUGUAGCAAUUAGAUUCAAAUUGGUAGAAUUUUUGGGUUUUAUAAUUAGAUUUUAAUCUGAUUUUUAUUUGAAUGAUUUUUGCUAGUUUAUUGUUGAAAACCAAAAGGAAGUGAAAUAAGAGGCGAAAAAGAGGAAGAAGUCACUAACGGCAACGGAGAAAUCAAAGAGAAUUCAACAAUGGCGGCUUCAAUCAAUCAAUUAGGGUUUGUAAUUUUCGCUAUGAUUCUUGUUUCAUGUUCAAUCUCAGCAAUAGGGGAUUCAGAAUCAGCUUUUAUUGUAGCUCACAAGAAGGCUACCCUUACAAAGCUCAGCAAUGGCGUCGAACGUAUCUCCGUUUCUAUCGACCUCUACAAUUGUGGAUCUUUGACCUUUGCUGCUGUUGGUGUGGAUCCUUUUGUUAUGGGGUCUGGCCCAGCUUUUGCCAUUCCUGCUGCUGUGAAAUCUGCCGGGGUAAAGCUUAACGAUAUCAAUCUAUUUGAGAUAAAUGAGGCCUUUGCAUCUCAUUAUGUUUACUGUUGUAAAAAGCUGAACCUCGAUCCAGCAAAAUUUAAUGUUAAUGGGGGAGCAAUAGCCCUUGGACAUCCCUUGGGAGCUACAGGUGCCCGGUGUGUAGCUACUUUACUUAAUGAGAUGAAACGCCGAGGAAGAGAUUGUCGUUUUGGAGUCAUUUCCAUGUGCAUAGAUCAUGUCAGGGGCCUUCAGCAAGAGAUUGAACUGAUGCAGCAAUAGCUUUGGCCUAAGAAGAAUCAAUGAAGCAGAAGGUUUGGACUAAGAAGAUCAUUGAAAAGUUAAAUAGCUUUGGACUAAAAAGAAUCAAUGUAGCAGAAGUUUUUUAGUUUUAACUAUUUAGGCAAUAAUAAAUGUAUUUUUUUGCUCAUUG